AUGAGUUUCAUUAAGCCGAUUCCGGUGUUCAUUGGCCCAGCUGCAUUUUUCCAUGCGCAUUUUGGUAAUCGUGACAAGGUGCCUAGUACGGGCAGUGAUGUGGUGGAGGUCGUGCCUUGUGUGAUUCUUCCAGGCUUGACAAUGGUUUCAGCUGAGAAAUGCCGGGAUGCUUUCUUUGAACCCGCGAACUUCGAGAUCCUGAGCAGCGUGUCGGGUGGUUCCACCAUUGCCAAGAUUGAUUACUGGGAACACACCAGUGAGAUGGACAUCCAUGCAGCUUACGUCUUGAAUAUGUCAGAGUUAUCCGCAUCCUACUGCUGGUCCCAAGGAUUCAAAUACUGGGAGCUUGCCUUGAACCGGAACCUUUACUUCGAUAGCUGGAUUCACGAAUUGGGAACUUCCGUGGAAUGUGAAGGGUGUGCAGAGCUGCGGAAACGGGUGGAAGAACUGGCGAUCAAGGUCUUCAUUGGGCUAUGUGUCCCAGAAAUUUGCAGCGAAACUGAAAUCAGAGAGGAAGUGUCUCCAGGAUACUUGAUGAAUGUCCUCAACUCUCCGAUUCCGUUCCCUGUGCCUGGAGAGCCACAGCUGGAUGUGACGGAAUUGUCCCAUUGGUCCCAAUUUCAACUGGAUUUGAUCAUUGCAGGUCUUGACAAUUGCGGGACCACUUCCUUGGGCCGAUGGCUUCAACAGGUGCAAAGCAUCGAAUUGUCGAAUUUGGGUGAAGAGGACGACUUCUUUUUCCGAAACGACCGGCUGCUGCCCUUCCGGUCAGAAGUAGAAGAGUUCAAUUCUCAAUGGAAGAGUCGCCAAACCUUGAAGGCUUUGAGACAUCCUAAUCUAUGGGCGCAUCUUCGGGUCAGGAUGGCAUUGGCACGGAUUCCACAGUUGAAGGUGCUGCUAGUGGUUUGUGACCCACUCAGUCGCAUUGAUAAAGCUUUUUGGUGGUAUCACAUUUGUGAUCCACCUUUGCCCCAUCCAGAGAUUGCUCCCUUAGUGCGGCCCAAGGGCUGCUUUGAAAGCAUCAGCAGCGUGCUUGAACCCAGCUUCCUUGAUCGUUUCAAGGUCCAGCGGCACGUGGAACACUUGAAGCAACUCUACCAACACCGGCUGCGUGUGGUGCAUCAAGCGUAUAUGCGCGAAUCCGCCUGGGACACCUUUGUACAGAUUGCAGGCUGGAUAGGCGUUUCCGUGGUUUCGGCAGAGGUUCGCCUCGGGCGACACAAUCAUCGGCCAGGGCAUCGAACUGAUCUUUGCAGGAACUCAACCCUCGUCAACCUGUUGAAAGUGUUGCUGUCUUCGGAGUAUGACUUCUUGGAGAGAUUGUUGGCAGAUUCCAGGCUCCCCUUCACACAAGGCUUGCCAAAAGAAUUGCUGCGGCGAGAAACGCGGUGUGAGAGACCCGAAGAGUUGAUUGAACCAUCACCACGCAGCUGA